CGCACUGAGCCCGCAGAGCUCCCCUCUGGUCCGGUCCAAGAGUUCCCGGCAGACACCGCGCCGCGGCUGCGCAGAAGCGGGGAGGCUUUUAAUUCCAUUGUGGAGAGGACGGCGUUAUUUUUAUUAACUGGAGGCGACGGCGGCUGCGGCGGCGGCGGAACCCCCAGGCCUCCUCCGGGGUAUGAAAAUCGGCAGCGGGUUCCUCAGCGGCGGCGGCGGUCCCGGCAGUAGCGGUGGUAGCGGCUCCGGCGGCAGCUCCGGCAGCGGCGGCGGCAGGAGAGCAGAGAUGGAGCCCACCUUUCCCCAGAGUAUGGUUAUGUUCAACCACCGGCUCCCCCCGGUCACCAGCUUCACCCGGCCGGCGGGGACGGCCGCCCCUCCCCCGCAGUGCGUGUUAUCCUCCUCUACCUCCGCAGCCCCGGCCGCUGAGCCCCCCCCUCCGCCAGCCCCGGACAUGACUUUCAAGAAGGAGCCGGCGGCGUCAGCCGCGGCCUUCCCUUCGCAGAGGACCUCCUGGGGAUUCUUGCAGUCCCUGGUGAGCAUCAAGCAGGAGAAACCUGCGGAUCCCGAGGAGCAGCAGUCCCACCACCACCAUCACCACCACCACUAUGGGGGGCUGUUCGCAGGGGCUGAAGAGAGAUCACCAGGCCUAGGAGGAGGGGAAGGGGGGAGCCACGGCGUCAUCCAAGACCUCAGUAUUCUCCACCAGCACGUCCAGCAGCAACCAGCCCAGCACCAUCGUGAUGUAUUAUUGAGCAGUGGUAGCCGGACUGAUGACCAUGGCAACGAGGAGCCAAAGCAGGACACUAACGUCAAAAAGGCAAAGAGGCCAAAGCCAGAAUCUCAGGGAAUCAAAGCCAAGAGGAAGCCAAGUGCAUCUUCCAAACCUUUGGUUGGAGAUGGAGAUGGUGCCGUCCUGUCCCCAAGUCAGAAACCUCAUAUCUGUGAUCACUGUAGUGCUGCUUUCCGGAGCUCCUAUCACCUGCGGAGACAUGUCCUCAUUCACACAGGAGAAAGACCUUUCCAGUGCAGCCAGUGCAGUAUGGGUUUCAUUCAGAAAUACCUACUGCAGAGACACGAGAAAAUUCACAGUAGGGAGAAGCCCUUUGGAUGUGAUCAGUGCAGCAUGAAGUUUAUUCAGAAGUACCAUAUGGAGAGACACAAGAGGACACAUAGUGGAGAAAAGCCAUAUAAGUGUGACACUUGCCAACAGUAUUUUUCAAGGACUGACAGAUUGUUGAAGCACAGGCGCACGUGUGGUGAAGCCAUAGCAAAAGGAGCCGCUAGUGCAGAACCUGGGUCAUCGAACCAUAACAAUAUGGGUAAUCUGGCUGUGUUGUCUCAGGGAAAUACAAGUUCUUCAAGGAGAAAAUCGAAGUCAAAAAGCAUAGCGCUUGAGAAUAAGGAACACAAGACUGGCAAAACAAAUGAAUCACAAAUGACAAACAAUAUAAACAUGCAGAGUUACUCAGUAGAAAUGCCUACUGUGUCUACCAGUGGGGGCAUAAUUGGCACUGGAAUAGAUGAACUGCAGAAAAGGGUGCCAAAAUUGAUCUUUAAGAAAGGAAGCAGAAAGAAUACAGAUAAAAGCUACCUUAACUUUGUGUCACCGUUACCAGACGUAGUUGGGCAGAAAUCCUUGUCUGGUAAACCAAGUGGCUCACUUGGCAUUGUAUCGAAUAAUAGUGUGGAGACCAUUAGUCUUCUCCAAAGUACGAGUGGCAAACAAGGUCAGAUUAGCAGUAAUUAUGAUGAUGCCAUGCAGUUUUCAAAGAAGAGAAGAUACUUACCAACUGCCAGCAGCAACAGUGCCUUUUCUAUAAAUGUAGGACACAUGGUCUCCCAGCCGUCAGUCAUUCAGUCUGCAGGUGUCAGUGUUUUGGACAAUGAGGCGCCAUUGUCACUUAUUGACUCCUCAGCUCUAAAUGCUGAAAUUAAGUCUUGUCAUGACAAGUCUGGAAUUCCUGAUGAGGUUUUACAGAGUAUUUUGGAUCAGUACUCCAGCAAAUCAGAAGCGCAGAAGGAGGAUCCUUUCAACCUAACAGAGCCACGAGUGGAUUUACACACCUCAGGAGAGCACUCAGAGUUGGUUCAAGAAGAAAAUUUGAGCCCAGGCACCCAGACACCUUCAAAUGAUAAAACAAGCAUGUUGCAAGAAUACUCCAAAUACCUCCAACAGGCUUUUGAAAAAUCCACUAAUGCAGGUUUUACUCUUGGACACGGUUUCCAGUUUGUCAGUUUGUCUUCACCUCUCCACAACCACACUUUGUUUCCAGAAAAACAGGUAUACACUACAUCUCCUUUGGAGUGUGGUUUUGGCCAAUCUGUUACCUCAGUGUUGCCAUCUUCAUUGCCAAAGCCUCCUUUUGGGAUGUUGUUUGGAUCUCAGCCAGGUCUUUAUUUAUCUGCUUUGGAUGCUACACAUCAGCAGUUGACACCUUCCCAGGAGCUGGAUGAUCUGAUAGAUUCUCAGAAGAACUUAGAGACAUCAUCAGCCUUCCAGUCCUCAUCUCAGAAACUGACUAGCCAGAAGGAACAACAGAAAAAUUUAGAGUCCUCAACAAGCUUUCAGAUUCCAUCUCAGGAGUUAGCUAGCCAGAUCGAUCCUCAGAAAGACAUAGAGCCUAGAACAACGUACCAGAUUGAGAACUUUGCACAAGCAUUCGGUUCUCAGUUUAAGUCGGGCAGCAGGGUGCCAAUGACCUUUAUCACUAACUCUAAUGGAGAAGUGGACCAUAGAGUAAGGACUUCAGUGUCAGAUUUCUCAGGGUAUACAAAUAUGAUGUCUGAUGUAAGUGAGCCAUGUAGUACAAGAGUAAAGACCCCCACCAGCCAGAGUUACAGGUAAGGUCUCAAGAGUGACCAGGCUGGGAGUCUUGUAAUGUAAUUUGUUUUAUUUUGAGAACACUGCCAUUGGAAUGUUUCUACACGAUCCUAUUAAGAAUAAUGUAAUGCCCUUUCAAUGCAACUUUUCAUAUUUAGUUUAUUUUGUUAGUGUGAUUUUAGCUCUGUUUGUAUUAUUUUUAAUCAAAAUCAAUAGAUUAAAAAUAGUUUGACAUUCAAAGUGACAAUGUUUAGCAAUCAAAUUUACAUGUAUAGAUUGUCAGGGAGUAGCCCAAAAGUUUUAAAUGCAAAAAAAAAAAAAAAAAAAAACAACAAAAAAACAAAAAACACAACAAAACUACAGGAAAAAAAAAAGAAAAGAGAAAAGAAAAAAAAAGAAACUUUGUUGCUAGGAUUAAGGUUAUUCUAAUUGCUUUACUCUCAGGAAAGUGUAAUAACGCAUGGGAAUUCUGUACGUUAUCACCGUAAUGGAAUAUCCAAUUUACAAAUAGUAUGAUACACAUUUCAUUGUUUAAGUUAAGGGAUCUUAAACAUUUCAGAUUGCUCUUUCUGGGCUGAUAGAAUAUACAUUUCGUCAUUUAAGUAAGGGAUCGAAAACAUUUCAAGUGCUAUCUCCGUCUGGGCUGAUCCAAAACUCUGAGAUUGUUGGCUACCUAUAUUUUGUUGCAGCUUUUAAAUGUACUCCAAACUUCCAAACCCACAUUCAUUCCAGCUUGGUAGAACAAAUAUCUUGGAUCUUUGAUCAAAGCCUGGAAUGAUAGCUUUAAUAAAAGAAAGAGGAAAAAAAAAAGCACCCUCUUUAUCCAACUGUAACAAGGCUGUAAUUCCAUUAAGUGAUUCUGUGAAUGUCUACCUAGUACAGUGUUAAAGCCCAAGUGGUUGGUUGGUUUCAGUAUUAGAAAGUAAGUUCAUUCACAUAAUCCAUUGAAAUUUGGGGUAUGCAUUAUUCAUGGCCUAAAAACAUUCUGUGACUUAUGCUAUCACGUACCACCGUCACUUCUGGUUUUGGUACUUGUUCCUAACUUCCUCUUAAAGUCCUGGGCCUUCUUGUUCCUUCUCCCUGUCUGAUGGUUUCAAUAGUAGAGUGACUUAUCAUCCAGUAGAUAACUGAUUAUGCAUUUUAUGUCUUAUGGCAUUCAGAUACUAAACAAUAGGAUAAACAUCCCUGACCUUCACUUUUUUUUUUU